AUAUGGGGGCGGACUGACAACUCAUGGGGCCCCCGGGCAAUAGGGGAUCAUGGGGCCCCUGUGUCCUUGCCCAAACUCAAAAAAGCCUAUGAAAAAGGUACCAGGGGCAUCUCAUGGGGCCCCCUACUGACCCGGGGCCCUCGAGCAGUACCCAGUUUCCAAAUGGUCAGUCCGCCCCUGGGUGCAGCACUAAACACAUUUAAACAUCAAAAAAUGACAUAUUAUUAGCAGUGAAAAAAAAGACCUUGACUUUAAUGUUGAGAUUUAAAUGCACUAUAUUUUGUAUUUUAUUUUAUGUUUCUUUUUGUUUAGUUUGCACAUAUCUG